CCGAGAUUGCUGAUUACUCCUGUGUCGCCCUCACGUGAGCUGUGGCGGGUUCUACAUCAUAAAUUGAACCCGACAAAGGGGAAAGCAAAUCAUAACUGACUUCAUGUUCAGAGCUGAAGUUUACUGCAGAGGAACACGCUCACUAAAUUCUGCACAGUACAUUUUUUGCUUCUCCGACGGUGUUCGGCUGAAUUAUUUCCUUCUUUUCUUUGGAAGUAGCUAGGUAUUUUGUUGCUGAUGAUAUCCUGGCGUGCGGAUUGGAUAUCGGUGCAGGACAGCUCAAUUUACCAAACACGAAGGAAGAACGGGCACACAUUCACGAGGAAACGUCGGUCAAAAAAAACUGCCGGAAGUUUUCUCAAUUCAGCCGCUCGCGUCCGUCGUCUUCGUACGGCAGUCACACUAUGUGUCCGUUCCAGGCGGUUCUUCCGGGCGAUGUUGGCGAAGAUGCGGAAAAGCCUACUGAAAGACCCGACUGUGAGAAGAUGCUAUCUCCGUACAGCGGUAAUGAUGAGGAGGUGACGGAUAGCGAGCCCACUGCUAGCCCGGCCGGCGACCAGGCAGACGAACUGGAAAGUGACGAAGAGCCGAAGAAAGUCAUCAGCAAGCGCGCUGCAUGCAUGCGGAAAAAGAACCGCUCCCAUUUUGGCCGAGAGGGGAAGAAGCGACGGCUUGCUAAUGACCGGGAGCGCAAGAGGGUCCGAACAAUGUCGGAACAGUUCCAGAACUUGUCCACGUGCCUACCAAUUCCGGAAGAUGAAGUGUCCACCUUGCCACGGAAGACCAUCCUGGAAGAGGCCAUAUGGUACAUCCAAGAGCUGCUGUGGAUGAAGGACACGAUGGAAGAGGACCCUGAUACUGCGACUUCACCCGAGAAUCUAAUAACCCUGGAGGAGAGACCACCGCCACCAAGCGUACAGCGGCAUGUAGCAAAUCUGAAGCAAAGGGAAGAGGUGCACAACGCUCGCAAAGCGAGAAGACGCGAGCGGCGAAGAGCCAGGGCCGCCCUAGCUCGCCAGCAAGCAACCAGCUUGACCAAUGUAGUAUCAACAGCGGCGGCAGAAAUCAAAGUGACCAAGCCGGGACCACUAUCCUUUCCUCAAGAAUUCAGUAGCCUGGUCAGCAGUCCGCAUCUUCACACACCGAUGUACACGCCGACAUCACUAUUACUCACAGCCUCCACGGACGCUGCACCGGUUGUAUGCACUAUGGGCAUCCCUGCGGGGAAUCUUCUCCAGGCCGGCCAAGCAAGUCAAUGUGCAACAAUCCACGGAUCUCCUCCGCCAGCCAGCAUUGGUCAGGUUACACCGGCAGCUACAACGAGUAACAGUCCCUUGUCGGUGGUGGGUGCCAGCCUAAGUCCUGGCUCUCACACGCUGAGUAGCACCAUCACGCCGUGCAGCGAGGGAGCUGCUGCAAACAUGUUUGACGAGCUGAUGGGUUUCGGAAACAUACCCACGGCACCGCCCACCAUUCCGCCAUGUUCGUACGAAGCCGCAAUUAGUUCGGCGUUCUCUGCACCGGUCUCCCAGUCAGAAACACUUCAGUACCCAUUGCUGCCGAUGCCUGAACUUGGUGAUAUGCUCCUGGGAGAUUUCGAAGCCUUGUUGACAAGAUCGAAUAGCUUCGGUGAGCCUAAUCCAAUGUUGACGCCCGGUAUUGACAAUGUUGAUCUGGAUGCUGCAUUUCUAGCUGACCUACCGCCCCUUUGAAACUCCAUCUGUUAGGCAUCUGCAACCUUAUGCAGCUUUUUGAUAGAGGCUGACUUCCUACCCAGUCAUCUUCUGCAGUCAGCGAGUGAAAUACGAUCAGUACUGCAGUGUCUUCCCAUUGCCACCCAGCUCCAGCCCCGGUGUGCAUUUAGUCCUAAUAGCGCCGCUUGGGGACUAUGAUCCUCCAUGUUCAAAUGGUGUGGAACUGUGAGUGGUUUGCGGAGUGAUGUGGAGAACAGGACCAAGUAACCUUAACCCAGUGCAGUGGCGAGGGUGCUUGCUCUUGCGUGCUGGUAACAGAAAAAUGAGUUCUUGUGUGGAUCCAUCUGUCCCUCGAUCCGUCCCACUGGGGUGCUUGCUGAUGAGUGUUGAUAGCGGCAAAGUGAGUUCUGGCAUGGAUCCAUCAGUCACUCCGGACCUCUUUCCGACAAGGCCAUACUUAAAGGAACCCUGUGCAACACUUGCGCCAUCUAUAUACCUCUUAGCAGCUACUAUGAUUCCAUGCAGCUUCCUCAGCCGGUCCAAGUCUCCUGAAACUGCGUUGCGAUUGGCAGACCUACCGGCGUUCUCUUCAAGGUUACGCCUGUUCAGCAGAAUGUGGACGCUGAUCUGGGUCACAAUUGUCAAGCCGGGCAUAUGCAAAGUGUCCUUGUUUCCCGGUUUGUGACCUCCCGCUCGACAUCCAGACUUGUUUGUGAGUGACUGCUACUGAGUUAUAUGCCGCUAUGCCAAGCAGACUGAUCAUCUUCAACAAGAACACAGUUAUCACUGAUGCUGUUGGGUAGUCGGUUGCUGGCACAGGCAAGAUGCAUCCCGCUAUUGUUUCCAGCAUUGUAGAUGGCUGCAUCAUUUGGGAGUGGGCACGUCUGAGCAGUCUGCUGGAGUGCCAAUACGCGUACUGUCUGUACUGAAGUCUGCUUGAACAGUUGAGUUCAUUCGCCGUCUACAGCCUCAAUGCAAUACAUUUCCGUAUCCGGACGAACUGCACACUAUUUCGUGUGAACCUGACUUUCUCUGUGCGGAUUGCGUUGCAAGAAACCAAAAUGUUGUUGCUUGGUCAGAAUAGGCAAAGUUGUGUUCUACAUGUGUGCAGUCCAAGUGCAGCUUAGGAGUUAGGAGGACACGUGACAUAUCCAAUUUUGAUUCCAGCCUACGGUCCUGAGAAUGAUCAUACGGACCAGAACGUACUUAUUUUCUCUUUUUUCUCUUUGCAUUACUAUUAUUACAAUAUGGAAUACCUUUUGAGGACCCUGCUUACACUUUUCCAGUCAAUUGAUUGCUGAUGCAGAGCACUGGUAUCUGCUAUAAUACAAUUUAUUCAAUAAAUGUACCAAUUUUAUAAUUAUCCCUUGUAGGAAUGCUAUUCUGAAGCUUCAGUGUACCACCCACCCAGUAACAGGGCUGUAAUGUUAGCAGUGCAGCGCACCUCAACGGGCCUCAAACACCUCUUCCGAAGUUUUGUAGCCAAGGGUACUCAAUUUGCAGGCAGACCUGUAUCCGCGG